AUGGCGAAAAGAAGACAGAAAAAGAGAACCCAUGUAAAGCUGAGCGAGGAUCAGCUGGCCAAGAUCCCCCGUUCGAUGGUGAUCCAUCUGGGGACAGCUUUACACAACCACACCCUUACACAACUAGUUAGAGACACCAGGAUCAUGAUGCUUCCUCACACGGCGAUCAAUCUUCGCGAGCGUAACCGCAAUAAGCUCAAGGACUUUGUUGUGAUGGCAGGUCCGCUCGGAAUCUCGCAAUUGAUGAUUUUCAGCCAGAACGAGGAAACAGGGUCCACCCAGCUUCGUUUUUCAGCAAUGCCCCGGGGCCCCACCAUCAACUUCAAAAUCCACGAAUAUUCGCUUUGCAAAGACGUCGCACGCUAUCAGAAGAUGCCCAAGAGCGUGAGCAAGUCUGGCCCGGAGUUUCUGAACCCUCCGUUGCUUGUGAUGAGCGGGUUUACUAGUCCGAAAGAAGCAGAGCAGCACGAAAAAUUGAUGGUCACCAUGUUCCAAAACAUGUUCCCGGCAAUCUCUCCACAGAACACCAAGGUCAGCACCAUUAAGAGAGUUUUGCUGUUACAGAAGGAUAAGGAGACGGGGCUGGUCGACCUUCGUCAUUACGUUAUCGACACGAAACUGGUGGAUGUCUCAAAGAACGUGAAAAAACUGGUCAAGGUGCACAAGAAAACGAACAAGAAACUGCCAAAUCUGUCGAAAGUCGACGACGUGGCCGACAUCAUUCUCGACCCGUACGCCCAGGCCGGAUUCACCUCUGAUUCAGAGGUGGAGGAGGACGCCGUGGUGGAGGUGAAGGAGGACGUUGCAGUGAAAACCAAGGGUGCUGCCGAAGAAGGGGGCAAGCGUAAGAAGGCGGUGAAACUGACCGAGAUCGGUCCGCGGAUGAAGCUGGAGCUGGUAAAGAUCGAGGAAGGCGUCUGCGACGGUAAGGUGCUGUACCAUUCGCGGAUCAAGAAGAGUGUCAAGGAAAUCAACAAGCUGGAGCAGAUCCACGCUGUCCGUCGCAAGGAAAAGGAGAGAAGACGCAGAGAGCAGGAGGAGAACAUCCAGCGGAAGAAGAAGGUGAAGAUUUCGAGCGCGGCAGAAAGUGAAGAGGAAUUUAGCGAGUAGUUACAACCUCAAUAUUCAAUUAUAUAUACGCACCUAGGAUUUUCCAAACUGGGAGUAGUCGACCCUGUGGUUCUUCUUUUCGUAGAAGCUCCAUUUUUCUGCGUCGAAAACGUUAAAGUCGGAGAUCUCAAAGCCGUCGCCCGACACUUUCACCUGCGAAUGGCGCUGGUACCACAUCGUCUUGUCGUUGUUGACUCUCCAGAGCCUGGAGGCCAGCACCGACGCGGCGACGUCUCUUUCUUUCUGCGACAGGGCGUAGUAGUAGGCAUAGAACAGCGUGGCGGUGUCAACGUUCUGCGAGUCGAUCUCGAUGUUGUUGCUCACGCGCACGCUGUUCCAGAUCGCCGAAACCCGCUGUGCCUCCAAUCCCGGCGGAUACGUUCCCUCGCUGAGGGGCGAGAAGCGACGGGGAACGGCAAGCAUGGCGCCGACGCUCGACAGCGUCGGCGUCUUUUCGGACUCUGGCCGAUUUCUGGCCAUCACAAACGACAGGAUCGUGCUCUGGAUGCCUGGAGGCAGAAACCGGAAGUUUGGGUCGUUGGCAACGUCGCCGCACCCGGCAGACCCCACGCCCGCCGUGCUGGAUGCCGUCCGGGACUCAGAGUUGCUGUGCGACGCUCCAUCCUGAGGUCGUUGUUUUUUCAGCGCCUCCAGCACACUGGCGGCGUUCAGCGCGUUGGUGUUCAGCGUCGAGAGCGGCGUGGCCGGCGUGGCAGGCUUUUCCUCCGGUUUAGGCCGCCCGUUCGCGGUCUGGCUCACCGCAGCUGCCCAUUUGAGCUCUCCCACGGGCUUGGCGGGCACGGGAGCAGGCUUGAGCGUGCUCAGCGUGUUCACAGACGAUAAAGUGCCGGCCAGAUUGGCCAGCGACGUCGUCGGCGUGGCCAUCUUGGGCACGCUCACCGGCGGCGUUUGAACAGGCUUCGCAGGGGCCGGUGGCUUGGCGGUCGCCACCGGCGAGGCCUGAACAGUGGACGGUGUCGGCGUGCUCUCCUUCUUCUUCUGGGGCGUGGUGUCUGGCACAGACACGGAGAUCGGCGCCGUGGCCGCAAGAACGGAAUCCUCCUCCUUGUGCGUGCCGUUCUGCGUAGAGCUGCCGUCGUGAAGCGUAUUCUCAUCAACUUCCAGGUUCAAGUCGUCGUAGAUGGUGUCGUCAUUCACAAAGUCCGGAUCCUGGUUCUCUUCCAGAUAAUACUUGAUGUCCUCUUGGAUGUUCAUUAUGUCCUCGGGCCGCAGCACGUGGCUCUCGAGCAGUCGCAAUACCACCUCGAGCUUUUGUCUGUGGAACUGGUGGAUCUCGAGCAGGUCUUCAAUCUCGGACUUGCGCUCGUCAACGGCACUGGUCUUCUUGCCUUUCUUGGCGCCCAGCUUGUCCAGCUCGCUCUCCAGCGCCUCUUCCUGACGCUGGAUCUCGUCCAGCGUCUCCCGCACAAACUCGAUCGCCUCGUUGUCCUCCUGCGGGUCGUCAAAACUGGCCAGCGACUCGUCAGAAAACGCUUUCGUCUUCGACCCUUUCUCUACCACCUUGUACUUCUCCAUCGCCUGUUCGACCAGCCGACGGUACUCGUUGAGCCGCUCCUUGUCCUUGACCUCAUUGGUGGCCUGCCAAUUCUUCACCUGUUCUCGAAACCGCUGCAGCUUCUUAAUCUCCUUCUUGAGGUCGUUCUCCAGUUUCUCCUUCUGCGAGCCGUUCGAGGCAUUCUCAUGGCGCUCGUACAGAGUGUUGAAUAUCUCCAGCCCCUCGCCAAUCUUCUUGAACACGCGGUCAAUUUCCCUGGCCCGUUAGUAAACCGUGUCGAGUCCCGGGUUCCAAACGACCCCUGGCCCCUUUUCCCUUUUUACAGGCCCCAGCAUCGCCCAGACCCGGCUUUCGUCCACACUUACUGUUGUAACUUCC